AUGGAAUCUGCUUGGUUCGGCGAGAAGUUUGAUGUCCCGUUACAGAGUCCUCGCGGCCUGCGCUCCCCCCGGCCCGGCCCGGGUCUGGCUGAUGUGUUCCAUUAUGACCAGUGGUUGGCUGUGCGACACGAAGCCACGCUGGUACCCAUGCAGGAGGAUCUGGCCAUCUGGCUGAGUGGCAUGCUGGGCGAGCAGGUGACAGCCGAAUGCUUCAUGGAGGAGCUGGACAACGGUGUCAAACUGUGUCGCCUGGCUGGAAUUCUGCAGAGUAAAAUCCCACAGGACUCGGAAACACAGCUGCCCUUAAAGAAAAUCCAGUUCAAGAAAAACGCCUCUCCUGGAUCGUUUUUCGCCCGCGACAACACAGCGAAUUUUCUGUCCUGGUGUCGUCACAUAGGAGUGGACGAGGCCUAUCUGUUUGAGUCUGAGGAUUUGGUCCUGCAUAAAGAGCCGCGGCAGGUGUGUCUGUGCCUGCUGGAGAUCGGACGCGUCGUCUCCAGGUUUGGGAUAGAGCCUCCGGUUUUGGUUAAACUGGAGAAGGAAAUCGAACUGGAGGAAAGUCUAAUGAUGACUGAUCACUCGUCUCCAGUGAAAACAUUCACUGUGUGCUGUCAGCACGGAGCCCUGUAUCACGCUGAUCGUGCGGACCAGGACGACCCUCCCUGUAACUGCACACAGAAGUUUUCCAUCGAGUAUCUGUCUGAGGGACGCUACAGGCUUGGAGACAGGAUCCUGUUCAUCAGGAUGCUCCAUGGGAAGCAUGUGAUGGUGCGUGUCGGUGGAGGUUGGGACACUCUGAAAGGGUUUCUGCUGAAAUACGACCCUGAUCGUGUGCUGCAGUUCACCACUCUAGAGCAGAAGAUUCUAGCCUAUCAGAAAGGCCCGUCCGGCCCAGGCCCCGCCCACACCGUGCAGGCCGCGCAGCCGCCCACGAUGGAUCCCAUCGCAGCCAUUAACCUCCUCCCAGAAUCAUCCUCUUCAUCGUCAUCCUCCACGAUGUCCAUUUUUAAACCUAACCUGCCCACGCCCCGCGGCGUCACCCAAUCGCCAGCUUCCACGCCCCGCAGUGUCACCCAAUCACCCGCUUCCACGCCCUUAAUGCCUCGAAAGGCUGCCGCACCCAAGAAGAUUUUUCACACACCCACAGCUUCACCGAGAACCACCCCUCUUUCAUCGCCCGUCCCGAAAAGAAGCCCGCUUCCCCAGUCAACCCCGACUGGGGUUUCCCAAAAAGCCCCUUCCGCCACCUCCAAGACCAAACUGCACCCGCGUGGAUCUCCAUCUCAACCUCACAGUCCCGUCUGUCCCGAACCCACCUGCAAGCUGCCUAAACCUUCAGCCCCACCGACAUCUGCGCAGAAACCUGCCCAGCGCAACAGCCGCCCUCCUCCGGCACCCGUCCGUUCGCGGCUCGCCCAGAGACGCCCUCUUUCCCCUGUCUCCGCCCUGCACUUAGAUUCUAGGAAGGGCCGUCCCGUUUCCCCUCGCUUGGCUCCGAAUGACCCCAAACAGACGAUUCCUCUCGCAAAACCUUCUGUGACCUGCAAGAGUAAAUUUGUAGAGCAGAACACAGCUUGUGCUACGCAAACCGUCACGUCUGUCAACGUUAAAACAACCCACAGGAAACCUCUAGUCAGCAGUAACCCUCCUGUCCAGAGCACCGCUACUAAACCAGCACCUACGAGCACUACCCACAAACACACGGCACGGACGAAACCCAGCAAACGUGACGAACCCUACUUUGAGAUGAACAAUAAGAGAAGGGUAAAGAACUAAGAAUGCUGGGGUAUUUAUUCAGAUGCCGUAUUUAAUUUUAUUUAAGUGAAAAUGAGGCUGUGACGUGUGCAGUCUGUUUGAUUUGUUGAAUGUUUUAAAUGUUGAAAAUACGUUUUCAAACAUUAAAAAUAUGUUUCUAGUGGCCAAGCUAAUAAAAUGAGACUACAACCUAUAAACACACUACACAGCUAUCUUUAACAGCCUCAUUUUCAUUUACAUUGAAUUAAAUAUGACAUAGCCUGUUGGCUUGCUUUGCAUCGGUAAAAACAUCCAUCUCUGCUUUCAUUGGUGCUCGGAUAUGUAGUUGCGACUGCAGCACUCAUCAUACAUGGAUUUAGUCGGAUGCCAUAUUUUAUUUGAUUCGAGUGAAAAUGAGGCUGUGCAGUCUGUUUAAUUGGUUGUAUAUUUUAAAGUAUUGCAAAUAUGUUUUCAAACAUUGACAAUAUGUUUUAUUAGAGGCAAAGCUAUGAAAAUGAGACUUUUAAUUCGGUACAACCUAUUAAUCUGUCGCACAUCUGUCGUUAACGGCCUCAUUUUCAUUUAAAUUAAAUUAAAUAUGACAUAAUUUGUUUUCUUGGCAUCUGCCAAAAUGUUCCUCUCAAGCUUUCAUUUGUGCCAUGCUAAAAAUCAUCAGGAUAUGCCUGGAAAUGGAUACAUUUUACAU